CAUAUAGAAGUAAGUAGUAAAUAUUUAUAUUCAUCUCGUAUUUCGCAACAUUUUGUUCCUCGGCAUUAUUAUAAGUGCCACAAAAGCGGCCCCAAUAGUCCGAUAAUUUUUCACUAUUUACGAAUCCUAGUUUAGGGGUAAAUGCAGAAAUUUACUAAUUUAAUCAAGUAUUUUGAUUAUUAAAAGGUAUCAGGCAUCAGGUUUCAAUAUGGGUAUCUUAGGUUGGGGGUUUAGAGCCACUAUUAAAGUUCAUCAAGCGGGUGAUGAUAAGCCAUUAACUUUAAAGACUAAAAAAAAUCAAACUCUCACAUAUCGUGAAUUUAUUAAAACAGGUUUACCUAUAGUAAACCCUUCUCAAAAGCUUUGGUUAAAUCCACUUUUAUUUAAUGGAACUUUACAAACUUUAUAUUAUACUAGUAAUGGAUCUAAGAAAUUUUUAAUUUAUUAUGGACGUGAAUUAUUUACUUAUAAAGAUGGAGGAAUUUGUUCAUUAGAUUGGACUAUUCCAACACCUAAUAGUAAAGAAGAAUUUAAACAACUUCAUGAUGAAGCAUUUCCUGAAGGAUUUCCAAGAUUACAUCCAAGAACUAGAUAUUUUACUAAGAGUGAAUUAGAAACUAGACAAGCUGCUAAUCAAGAAGUAUCUGAACCAGUUAAACCUAUUGUUGUUAUUCUUCAUGGAUUAGCUGGCGGAAGUCAUGAAACAUUAAUUAGAAAUUUUGCACAAACUAUUAAUCAAAAUACUGAUGGUUGGGAUACAGUAAUUAUUAAUUCUCGUGGUUGUUGUAGAACUAAAAUUACUACUGAGAAAUUAUUUACUGCUUUAUCAACCAAUGAUAUUAAGGAAGUAUUAUUAGAAAUUAAAAGAAGAUAUCCAACAAGACCAAUUUAUGCCGUUGGAUUUUCAUUUGGAUCUAUCUUAUUAGCUAAUUUCUUAGGAGAACAAGAAAAGGAAGAAGGACAUGAUGAAUUAAUUAAAGCUGCAUGUUUAAUUGGAUGUGCUUGGGAUUUAGUUGAUAGUGGUUAUCAUUUAGCGAGUAGUUGGAGUGGAGCUUAUUUAUUUAAUCCUGCUUUAACCGACUUUUUAACUAAAAUUGUUAAGAAUAAUUUUACUGAACUUAAGAAUCAUGAUCCUGAAUUAUUUAGUCAAGAAUUAUUAGAUAAAGUUCGUAAAAUUAAGAAUGUUUGGGAAUUUGAUAAUUUAAUUACUUGUAAAACUGUUGGAUUACCUAAUGUUACUCAAUAUUAUAGAAAGGCUUCACCUGUCAAUAGAAUUAAUAAUAUUAGAACUCCUACAUUAAUUAUUAAUUCUACUGAUGAUCCAGCCGUUGGAGUUAGAUUACCAAUUCUUGAUGUUCUUGAUAAUCCAUACUUAUCGAUGAUAGAAAGUGAUUUAGGAGGUCAUUUAGGUUUUGUUAAGAGUUCAGGAGAAUUCUGGUGUGUAGAUGUUGCUGAACAAUUCUUUCAGAAUUUCGAAGCUAGCUUUUAAUUACAUAUUUUACAUAUUUCUAUAUAGACCAUACAAUUGAUUAAUAAUAGAAUUUUACAAAUCCGACUAGUGCUCGGCAUUACGCUUCAUAACCUAUUCACGCCACAACGUAGGGUUUCACAU